AUGACGACCAAAUUCACCGUGAGAUCAUUCUAUGGCGGUGGCAAGGAUGAUGGGCCGGGGAAUAGCAAAAGGCCAAUCAAGAACAUAAAUGAUGUUAUCUCUAUCUCCCCCUUUCCAAACGCACUUCCAUCUUCUCAAUUCUCCAGGCUCUUUCCAGAAUCACAUACAUAUAUAUCGUCUCCAGAUUUAGCCUCCUCCAAGCCGUCCAACGAGGAAUUUGAUAUCAUCUGGAAUACUGGCGCAUCAGACGACGAAGAUAUUGUAGAUCUGAUACGCAAACAGCAUCAGCUCAAUAUCCAGGACGAAUCUCUGCCCAAUAUCAAACUACCUGCAGAUAUAUCAAUAUCUAACAAUCCAGUCCAUCUCGAUAUCGGUAUGCCUAACUCAACAGCAAACAAAGUACAAAAAUCUAUACCCCCACUCCCUAGAUCAAGUAAACCAAAGACAAAGAAUACUAGCAACGCAGAAAUCGCAUUAUCAAUGCAAGAUGACAGCAACUAUCUGUACUCUUUGAGGAAUAGAAUCAUUAACGAUCCUCCUCCUCCUUCAUCGUCCAAAUUAAAACGGGAGAAUGCAAAGACUGAUGGUGAAAAUUUACCUGCAAAAAACAAGGAAAGCAAGAAGCGAGAUGUUCCAUAUGAAGCAAACUCACCUAGCAAUAAACGCUCCAAACAGACUGAACCGCCUAAAACUUCACGAAAUGUGUCAGACCCAAAAUCAAAACCAGCCAAGCAAGUGCAUUUCAGUUCCGAUCCGCCUGCAGAAGCGAUGGAAGCUGAGAAAGCACCGCCUCCUGUUACAAAAGACGAUAAAUUUGUUGACAAAAUCGUUGCACACAACCCGCUUUUGAAGAACAUUCCCAAGGCUGCAUCAUCUCGCAGGACUGUUGUUGCUACAGAGCUGUCCAAUAACUCAAUUGACAAGCAUUCAUUAAAGAAGCUCAAGCAACUUAUUAAUUCAAUUUUGGAGACUGAAGAUAGCGUGUUGAUGGGCGUGGAUGAAAUCCCUAAGGAAUACGCUGCUAUGUUUGCAAGUGGUGGUCACUUGCAAGCAACCUUUAUCAAAGACAUUUCCUCGUGUUUAAAUCAACUUUAUGCCAGCAAGCCAAACUCUAUUCUUGAGCUGGCUAAUAAUGACUUUGAUGGUACUUCGCAAUCAGAGCUGGUCAUUACGCUCGCACGUCUGAUCAAGCUACUCAGCAAGACCGUUGGGCUGGGUGACAAGCUAUCCGUUUGGACUGUGGAUGAACGGGAUGUCGAAGGAUGUAAAAGAAACCUUCAAACAUCCACAGAAUCCAUUAUAGCAGUGGAGUGCAUUCUUCUGAUUAUGAAGUUCGACCAAUUACCAAAGCAGCUUUACUUUGAAGACGUGCUUUCGAAGUGUUUGUCGGUUCUCAGACAUCAUCUCACCAAGACUGUAUAUUCAUACGUUGAAGCAAUUGAAGAAGGAUACAGCAACCCAUCUGAGUGCCUCGCGUAUAUUGCAAGAGAAGAUCCACAGCCAAUCAAGAAGCAACUCUCGAACCUCUUCAACGCAAUCAAAUCAUCCCUUCCAUCUCUAAAUGCCCUAAUGAAUCUUACGCAUGUCAGUCUGGGAGACUCAGUCUUGAUCACCGCAACAUACAUUUCGAUCGGACCAUUUUUCGUAGCUGAACCAACAUCAACGAAGAACGGUGCCGUUAAAAAUGCUCUUUCGCCAAUUGGAGGGGGUAUUGGAUUGCGAGAAUUGCGCCUGACUGCGCUCACUCUCAUGCAAAAUAUCUUCGCAAACUACGAUACACAAAGACAUUGGAUUAUCGACGAAAUACUCUCUGCAACGAUUAAAUUACCUGAGUUAAAGAAGCAAACCAGGCAGUACCAAUUAAAGUCAGGAAAAUCAAUCUUCACACUCUCAGCACUACUUUUCCAGCUUGUUCAAGCAUGCUCGCACAGCGUGCACGAACAAGUCAACACCUUGCGCGACAAACAUCACUUGAACACUUUCAAAGAUGAGGAGGUAGAUGAUGGGAAAGAUAAAAAACAUACAGAGUUUCUGUUAGCUGAGGCUGGACUCUGGAAGAGGGCUCUAGUUCCAACAAUAUCAAUUUCGCAGAGCAUCAUGUUUCAAGUGUUUACUCACAUCUCACAAUCCAAAUCGCAAAAGAGCUCGCAUGAGGCAGACUAUAAGAUCAUGUUGGAGAAUAUUGUAAAUGAUGCACUGACAGUACUGCAUCUUCCAGAGUGGCCCGGUGCAUCCUGGCUACUUGUUGUCACUGUCAAGCUAGUAGAGCAUGAAAUAGACCCGAAAAUCAAAUCACCAACUGAAGUCAACAACAUGCGCUCGGUGAUUUUGGAGCAUUUCGGUAACAUCUUUGCUCAUGUUAGAACGGUGGAGCUUCAAAGAAUGCAUGAGGAAGGCAAAAAUGAUUCUAAUCCAUACUUUGAUAUUGAAAGGACUGUCACUAAUGGAGAUAUCGGCGCACUAGAAAAUCUUCACUCUAUUCAUCAGCAGUUACUCAUGAAUUUAUACAUAAAUGGGUCGAGAAGCGAACUAUGUAGGUCAGCCUAUGAGUCGCUUGGAUCGCAAUGGGGUUAUGCAAUAGUAAGAGGGCUUCAGGUGUCGCAAACCAUUUUUGAAGAAGCAGGCGAAGAUGAAACAGUUCGUCAUAACCAAUCAGGUGUACAAGGAAAGCUUUUUACAUUCCUUCAAGAGAUCUGGGCAGAAGACGAGAAUAUGGAUUUUGCUGACUAUAAUCGUCUCAGCAUGAACCAAAUGCAGUACAUCACAUUACAGCUCUCAUCUACAUCGCUUGUACAGAAAGCGCAGGAUCGAAUUCUCGUCACCAUCUUAGAGUCUUUCUCUUCUAACUCAGCAUCUAUCCGUGCUAAAGCUGUCAAAGCACUUGGUGUAGCCAUUAUGAGUGAUAACAGCCUCCUCAAUGAUGAAGAUAUUAAGCGUUGUAUUAGUAGCAGGGUCGGUGAUGUCGCUUCUAGUGUUAGGGAUGCAGCUCUGGAUGUCCUUUCUAAGCAUCUCGCCAAGGACAGUGGAGUUGCCGAUGCAUACUUCACUAUUGUGAGUAGAAGAAUCGAUGAUUCGAGUCCUGCGGUUAGAAAGCGUGUUGCAAAGCUUCUCAGAGAUAUCUACGAGUCAACUACCAGCUUAAAAAGAAAGGCGGAAAUAGCGAAGCUAUUUUGCUUGCGUAUUGCUGAUGAGGAUGACUUACUGAAAGAUGCUGCUCUUGAUGCUCUUGACAAACUUUGGCUGGACCUUGUUAUCCCCAAGUCAUCAGCAAAGGAGAAGGCGUUUAUCAGAGAUGAGAAGAGUUAUGAUGAAGACGAUCAAUCGAAAUCGAUCAAUGAUGUUGUAGAGAUUAUCAUGAUGGUCACCAAGCUCUUUGGGGAUCGCUAUAGUUUAUUCGAAGAGGCUAUGUUGAAGCUGGUGAAGAGACAUCCAAUGUCUCACAACGUUCAAAUUUCGACACGUCUUAAAUCUAUCGCAAAUUCUCUAGUAGACAGGCUUGACAUGAGGGAAGAAGAUAAGAAUUUUAGUCCUCUCGCUUGUGUAAGAGCUAUACUUGUCAUUUCUGGUACAGGCAAAGGAGUUGUUGGAGGUUCCGCUGCUGAGCAGCUCUUACCGUUGCUAACUAAUGGUCGAAGUCCUGAAGAAAGAGCCAUUUGCGAAGCUACUCUGAAGAUCUUCAGAAAGGUCAUACCGAGACUCCCAAUAGUAACAUCAAUGCGUCUCACCGAUAAUCUUCAGAAUAGGCUGUUGCCUUUAAUAGCCAAUCCAAAUGGCAGGAUGUCUGAGCUUUCCGAAGCUGUAGCAUGUCUUUGCCACGUCGUAACCCGCCACACGAACUCUUAUGUUACGCUCACAAGAAUGCUACUCAAGGCAGUAACUGAAACGAAGGCACUAUUGGAUAGUAAUUCACAAACCAAGGAAGCAUUUAUGAAGUGCAGAGUACUCAUUAUAAUCAUGUCCCUCCUUGUUCAGCACUGCGACUUUGAUGAUGUUAAGAACUACGAUGAUAUGCACGUUAGGGAAAGAGCACGUCAGCAGUACUUCAACGCAGCCAAUGAUCUUGAUGAGGUAGAUAAAUUGCUCGUCUUUGAACAUACCGACGAAUCAGACGACGAAAGAGAGUUCACCAUCCCCGUACGCAUCUGGGUUUUGCUUAUGGCUGUUCGUUCAAAUGUCAAAGAACCGAGUAUACGUGCUCUCACAUUACGCGGACUAGGUUGUCUUUUUGUUGGAUAUCCUUAUCUGAUGAAUGAUCUGGCUUCUAUCCAAAUGAUGGACGAAGUGUUUGGUGAUACUGAUACACAGCAUAAAUCAGACCAGCUGCAACUUUUAUUGGUAUUCCAGGAGUAUUUGAGAGUGGAUGAGCUUAAGAAGAACGAUAAGCCUGAUGAUGCAACAGUACAGAACAAAGAAAUCACUGUCGAUAACCUUAUUGGCGAUGCUGAUGUCUUGAAUGACUCUAACGUUGGUCCGCGCGUACUGACACGUUACCUUCGUCAUAUACUCGAUGCAGCGCUUUCUACGUCCGCCGCCAUAAGCGCACCGGCCAUAGAUAUAUUAGGAUUUGUCGUUAAACAGGGUCUAACCCACCCAAUUGAACUACUCCCAGCACUAGUAGCUCUCGAGACCAGUACAUCAGGAGCAACGGUCGCAAAGGCUAAAGAGCUCCACGCAACCCUUCACUCUAAACACGCUUCUGUUCUCAAUACUCAGUAUCUUGCCACGGUUGAAAAAGCCUUCCAGUACCACCGUCUCAUAACUGGACAAGAAAAUGGAUUUAGAAAUGAUGUUGCAUUAUUGGAAACGUGGUUCGAUUUUAUGAAGGAGAAACGUUUAAUGAAGCUGGAUUUUUUGGGUGGAAUUGUCAAACACUUCGACAUGAAUCCAUUGAGGAAGGCUGUCUCAGAUGAUAGCAUCUCGAUGUCAAAGUUUGUGGCUGACAACUUGCUCGCUUUCAGCUAUCAGAACAAUGAGGAAGUAUUGUGUAUUGGCAAGAUGCUCUCUACGUAUCUUGCGACGCACGGUGAACAACUUCGUGACGAACUUUCUUUCGAAAAUAUCAAUGAGACCAUGAAGAACAUGAUAAGGAGCAGCGUUGUUUUUUCAAUUUGCACACUCCUAAAAAGCAAUCUCAGAGAUAUGUAUGGCUUUACUGAUAAGCAGUUCUUCGAAUAUAAUCCAAAGAAGAAGACUUCGUAUGGUGACAAGGCGUUAGCUAUUAAGACAGAGAUGCGACCAAUCGAAUAUGGGGCUAUACCAGGAGCAGCCAAGAUCAUGAGUACAAAGGAGGAUUUUACUGAACAGAUAGAUGCUUACUUCAAUCUGAUCGACGAUUCGCCUACUACUGGAUUAGAUGACGACGCUGAGUCUAUGCUGAGUGAUGGAUCUUCAGAUUAA